CUGACAAACUUUCAGAAGACCCUGUAUAUAACUAAAACUACAUCCAACCAGCAGCAACCUCUACUUUUCUUCAAGUUACUAUUUACAUAUUUGCGCGAUAGUAUCAGUUUUAUGCUUUUAUUGAUGACACUGCAAUAAAUUUUAAACAAAUUGAGUCUGGUUUAAUAUAUGCUGACAAUUUCAACAGAAAAUGGAAACACAUGGAAUAGUUCCUGACACUAUAGAUGAGGCGCCAUCUGCAAAAAUCACCAAAAAGUACCCAGGUGGUGUGGAAGUCGAAUUUGGGGGUGAAUUGACCCCUACCCAAGUUAAAGAUGAACCAGAAGUAAAGUGGGAUGCUAAUCCAGAAAAGUAUUACGUAUUAUCGAUGGUAGAUCCAGAUGCACCCACUAGAAUGGAUCCGAAAUUUAGAGAAGUGAAUCACUGGCUGAUCGGUAACAUCAAAGGAAGCGACGUAUCUACUGGUAAUGUCAUAGCCGACUAUCGAGGCUCUGGUCCUCCAAAAGGAACCGGACUACACCGAUACAUUUUCCUGGUGCACGAACAGAAAGAAAAGCUAACAUUUGACGAGCCUAGAAGCCCGCAGAUGUCUAGAGAGCACCGGUUUAAUUUUUCCAUCAGGAAAUUCGCCAAGAAGUAUAAUUUAGGCAAGGCCUACGCAGGAAACUUCUACGUUGCCCAGUGGGACCCGUAUGUGGACGAGAAGAAAAAGCAGGGUGCUAAUAAAUGAAAAUGA